AUGUCAUACGGUCAUAUCCAAAGCAUAAAGUGUGUGGUCGUUGGCGACGGUGCUGUUGGCAAGACCUGUCUCCUGAUAUCUUACACCACCAACGCCUUCCCUGGAGAAUAUGUACCAACUGUGUUUGACAACUACUCGGCGUCAGUCCUGGUGGAUAACCGCCCUAUAUCACUAGGAUUAUGGGAUACCGCGGGACAGGAAGACUACGAUCGCUUGCGCCCUCUCUCAUAUCCCCAGACAGAUGUCUUCCUAGUCUGCUUCUCAUUGGUAUCACCACCGAGUUUUGAGAAUGUUCGCACAAAGUGGCUCCCAGAGAUUACACAUCAUUGCCCAAAUACUCCUCUCAUCCUCGUCGGCACCAAGCUCGACCUGCGCGACGACCCAGUCACCCUCCAGCGGCUCAAGGAACGGCGUUUCACCCCUAUAACGUACUCCAUGGGGAUGCAGUGCGCAAGGGAGGUCGGGGCGAUCAAGUACCUGGAAGCUAGCAGUAAAACACAAAAAGGGCUCAAGAAUGUCUUCGACGAAGCCAUCCGCGCAGUACUCCAACCAGCAGGCGACCGAGCGGGUGCAGCAAACAAGCGCAAGAAGAAGAAUUGCGUCAUUCUCUGA